AUGACACCAACUCUCGUCCUCGACAACGGCGCAUCCACCAUCAAAGCCGGGAUCUCCACCACCGACUCUCCCGCACCCGCGCUGCUCAUCCCCAACGCCAUCGCGCGCUCAAAAUCACGAUCCACAACCUACUUUGGACACGAGCUCCUCCGGUGUACGGACCAUGCUUCCCUCACGUACCGCCUCCCUUUUGACAAGGGCUUUGUCGUAGACUGGGAUGCGCAAAAAGCUAUCUGGGACGGGGUGUUUUCAGAAGAGGUCUUUGGGAUCGACACGACACAAACCUCACUCCUCCUAACAGAACCAUACCACAACCUGCCCAACAUCCAAGAAGUAUACGACCAGUUCGUAUUCGAAGAAUACGAGUUUGAAUCAUACUACCGCUGCACACCGGCCUCCCUAAUCUCCCACAGCCCCCACUUCCCGCCCUCCCAAUGCAGCCUAAUAAUCGACUCCGGCUUCUCCUACACCCACACCAUCCCCCUCCUCUCCGGCACCCCCCACCUCCCCGCCCUCAAACGCCUCUCCAUCGGCGGCAAACUCCUCACCAACCACCUCAAAGAGCUCAUCUCCUUCCGCCAAUGGAACAUGAUGGACGAAACCUACAUCACCAACCACGUCAAGGAGUCGUGCUGUUUUGUCUCUCUCGAUUUCGCGCGGGACUUGGAGGAGGCGCGGAGGGACCCCGGGUGCGAAUGCGAAGGGAGCCCGGGGAUACGGCGUCCGGGACAGGUGCUGGUGAUGAAUAAUGAGAGGUUUAGUGUUCCGGAGGUUAUCUUUCGGCCUGAUGACAUCGGCCUCAACCAACUCGGAUUGGCAGGGACCAUCGCCUCGUCCAUCUCUCUCCUCCCAGAAGACCUCCAACCCAUGUUCUGGGCCAACAUCGCUCUUAUAGGCGGGAACACAAAGUUUCCUGGGUUUCGUCAGAGAUUGCUCGCAGACCUCCGGCCCCUCGCUCCGGUAGAGUGGGACGUCGAAGUGUACGAAUGUGCAGACCCAAUAACGGCCCCGUACGACGCUGCGAUGCGGUUCGUCGCCACUCCCGCGUAUAGAGAGUGCGUGGUGACCAGGGCGGAGUACCUAGAGAGUGGGAGUAACGCUACGAGGAGAAAGUGGGGUGGACGGGGACGGGGCGAGAAGGAUAAGGAGAAAGGAGGGGAGAAGGAAAAAGAAAAAGCCCCGCUUGGGAGGACGAGGAGCCGGGCGAGCACCGCGAGGAAGAAGUGA